AUGUCGAAAGAAGAAAAGGGAGUGCCUGAAGAAUUCCAGCCGCGGGAAACGUGGAGGAUCCUCAAGAACGUGGUCGUUAUUAGCUCAGCGUUCAUGCUCCAUUUUACAGCAUAUAGUGGUGCCGCCAAUUUACAAAGUUCUAUAAAUGCAGAGGCAGGGUUGGGCACAGCGUCCUUGGCGGCGGUAUACGCGGGCCUUAUAUUUUCCAACAUUUUUCUUCCAGCUGUAGUUAUAAAAUGGUUCGGUGCAAAAUGGGCUAUAUCAUUGUCCUUUUUGACUUAUAUGCCGUACAUAGCGGCUCAGCUGUAUCCCACAUUUUACACCAUGAUCCCCGCUGGUCUGAUCGUGGGUUUCGGCGGUGGUCCACUGUGGUGCGCCAAGUGUACUUACCUCUCAGUGGUGUCUGAAGCUCAUAGCAGAAUCUCAAAAAUACCAGCGGAAGCACUACUAGUGCGGUUUCUAGGACUAUUCUUUAUGAUAUUUCAAAUGAACCAAGUGUGGGGCAACCUUAUUUCAUCACUAGUGUUGUCAUCCGGCGACAACGCGGCGGCAGUGACGGCGGUGAACGCGACCAUGAUACCGGAACUGUGCGGCGCCAACUUCCUGCCCAGCGCCGACGCGGCCGAAGUGCUGCAACAACAGCCGCCUGAAAAAAUACAAAUGAUGAGUGGUAUAUAUUUAGCGUGUAUGGCCGGAGCUGCAAUAAUCGUUGCUGUUGGUGUCGAUUCCAUGAAAAGGUAUGAUUCAAGUCGGAUUGGCACUCAGACAGGUUUAUCAGGUACAUCUCUGCUAGCUGUCACGGUAAAGCUUCUGGUGGAGCCCAAUCAGCUGAUGUUGGUCAUCAUUAACAUCUUCAUUGGUUACCAACAAGCUUUUUUUGGAGCGGACUUCACUGCGGCAUUCGUGUCGUGUGCAGUGGGCACUGGCAGUGUAGGAUUUGUAAUGAUGACUUAUGGUUUGGCGGAUGCUAUCGGGUGUGUCAUAACCGGAUAUGUGGCUAAGGUGUUGGGUCGUCUCCCGAUGAUUUGUUUGGCGUGUGUGACGCACGCGGCGCUGAUGGCGGCGGUGCUCGCGUGGAGGCCGCACGCCGCCGACGCGCCCGCGCUAUAUGCGGUGGCUGUAUUGUGGGGACUCUGUGACUCGGUGUGGAUAGUGCAGAUCAACGCUUAUUACGGCAUCCUGUUUCCCGGUAGAGAAGAGGCAGCCUUCGCCAAUUUUCGGCUAUGGGAGUCUGUGGGCUACAUUAUAGCCUACGUCAUCUCACCAUACCUGCGCACCAGUCAGAAGACCUACUUUAUGCUUGCGAUGAUGUUAGUCGGAGUGCUGUUUUACUUUAUCGUCGAACACAGAGAUAGAAAAGCUAAGAGAAAACUUGAUAUAGCGAAUAAAGAGCAGUCUCCUGAUAAAGGUGUUGACAAUAUAGCUUUUCAGAAUGUGGAACUAUGACGUAGUCAGGUUUAAAUGUAUUUUUUUGUGCAAUAUUUUUAUAAAAAACUUUUGUUGUUAGUGACUUAGUUUAUAAACAAUUUAAUAAUGAUACUAUAACAGUACAAUAUAGGAGAAAAUAUAUAUACAAACGGUGACCAACUUUCAGAACGUUAUUAAAAAAAGUUUUGUGUUUGUUUAUAGCAGUUUAUCGAAGUAAGAAAUCUUUAUGUUUAUGGAAAAUUUAGUUAUUACAUUUGAUUAAGAACUUUGUAUUGAAUGAAAUAUCAAAGCUAUUUGGGUAAGAGUGUUGAAAUAUGAUUUUUAAGACUUCAUUGAACUAUUACUCCUAUAAUUUUAUUAUUUAAUGAAAGUAGUUGAAAUACAGUUUAACCUAUUUAGUUUAUUUAAACACCAUUAUCUAUAUUUAUUCUGGCAAGACCAUAUUAAUGUGUUCAGUUGUUACAGGUAUAAAACUUUAUUUAUGUUGAGAGAUAUAUUUAAAAGAAAAAUUAUAAUAAAUUACAACAAGUAUUACAAUAUCGGUGAUCAUAUUAAUGUUACCUUAGAUAGUUUAUUACGAAUUCUACAAUUUUGUUUUCAAUGCAGGUGCUCAUAAAGCGCUAUUUUUUUAAUCCAUUGUAAACACUGAAAGUGAGUCUUUAAACACGUGUUAAAUAAAAAUGUACUGAAAUCCUUUACAGCACACGUGCUUAAAAGUAUUUUUUUAAUUCUUUUUGGCCGAGCACCAAAGAAAUUUAAAAAAAUUUAUGAAAAUAUCAAUUAACUUCAGAGGCAAAAGUAUUUCAAGGAUAUUUACAAAUAAAAAUGUAUGACACGAAAACAUGUUCAAAUAUCACGUUUAAUUUUAACAAAUAAUUUUUACCUUUAAUACAUACUUAGUUUUAUUAACCUAUAUAUUUGUUUUAUUUCCUCGCAAAAAGCAUUGAAAAAUGUUGUAAGAAAUUUGAGCGUAAAAGGUUUUUCGAAUUCGUGCCAAUUUGGCCCUUAUUCGUAAAACCUUACUUUCCGCACUCGUAUCUUAAAUAACUAUUAUGUAAUUUGUUAGAGCUAUUAUAUACGAGUACCGUAAAAAUAAGUUUAAUUAUAUAAACACUUUUUGUAAAAUUUAAAUACUGCGAUAAUAAAUACGAUAUUUUUC